AUGAGUUUUCGUAUACUACGACUGUUAUGCAAGUCAAAUUGCUGCACAAGACGUCUAUCUACAAUACCGAACAAAUCAACAACUUUGAAGAAAUUCAAUUUUCCUGUUCAAAAGCACUCGUUCAAAUACAUCAAUGAAAAUUUAGACAAAUAUAUAAAUAAAAAACAAAGCAAAAUUACCUUAAAUGGUCAUAUACAUAAAAAAUCAAGAAUACGACCUACUUUAAGUUUUGGUUUUAUUAGAGAUAAAGAUGGCAAUGUUAUACAAUUUGUUGUUAAUGAAAACUCACAAAAUAAUGUUUUGGAGACUUUAAAAAAAUUGACAGUUGAAGAAUCAAUAAGUAUAACGGGACAUAUACAACAAAAAGUUUUAACAGAUGGUGAAUCAGCCAAAUGGGAAUUAGUUGUUGAAGAUUUACAAGUUUUGAAUGAAUCAAAUAUAGAUGCACCAAGAUUGGAUAAAUUAAAACAUUCAAAUCCAGAAGAAUUACCACCUCAAUUUAGAUAUUUACAAUUAAGAACUUCAUUUUUUCAAAAUGCAUUGAAAGUUAGAAGUAAAAUCUCACAACUUGUGAGAAAUUUAUUGAUUGAUAAGUAUGAUUUUACAGAAAUUGAAACUCCAUUGUUAUUUAAAUCAACUCCAGAGGGUGCAAGAGAAUUUUUAGUACCAACAAGAUCAUCAAAUCAAUUUUAUGCAUUACCACAAUCUCCUCAACAAUAUAAACAAAUAUUAAUGAGUUCGGGUUUUACGAAGUAUUUCCAAAUCGCAAAAUGUUUUAGAGAUGAAGAUUUACGAUCUGAUAGACAACCCGAAUUUACUCAAAUCGAUUUAGAAAUGAGUUUCGUUAAUAGUUCAAAGCAAGUCAUGACAGUCGUUGAAGAUAUAAUUUUAAACAUAUGGGAAAAGAUCAAAGUAAAACCAAUGUAUGCGCUCAACGAGAAAAAUUAUUUGGAGAAAAUAACAUCAAAUGAGGAUCGUUUGAAAUUUAAAACAUUGACAUAUAAAGAAGCCUUAGAAAAAUAUGGAAUAGAUAAACCGGAUUUGAGAUACAAUCUCGAAUUCAUCAAUUUAAACAAGUACUUCACAGCUAUGGAAAAUGAGAACUUUCCAAUCGUUGAAAUAUGUGUUUUGAAACGUGCUUUUAUUCCCGGUAUAGCAAAGAGAACAAAAAUCCCACCCUGUUUAGGUAACAAACUAGAAUACAAAAGGAGAAGACCGUAUAUUUUCACAAUUGAUAAUGAGACUGAUAAGACAUCAUGGAUUGAUUUAUUGAUCAAAAAAAAUUUUAUGAAACAAAAUGAAAAUAGUAAACGGUCCACUUUAUUGAAAGAAUUGAAUUUACAACCUGGAGAUAUUAUUGGUGUAUCCACAAGAUCAGAAUUACCUUAUGAAAAUCCGACUCCCUUGGGUAAGUUUAGACAACUUGCGAUUAAGAAUUAUCCAAAUAACUCGCAGAGACCCAUUCAGGAAGAUGGUGAGAUGACUUGGUUUUAUCCAGUAGAAAAUGUUACUGUAGGGUCUUGGGUAGUUGAUUUUCCUUUGUUUGAUCCCGUUGAAAUCAAAGAAGAUGAUGAAACUAUGAAACCAUAUCCAACAUACGAUUUCAAUAAAUUUGAGUCAACUCAUCAUCCAUUCACAAUGUGUAAAUCAGAAGACUACGGUUAUCUUGAAUCUGAUCCAUUAAAAGUUAGAGGGGAACAUUAUGAUCUAGUGAUUAACGGAGUAGAAGUAGGAGGAGGAUCAAGAAGAAUUCAUGAUCCAACUUUGCAACAAUACAUAUUUGAAAACAUAUUAAAGAUAUCGAAUUGGGAAUUAAAAUUUGGUCAUUUAAUAAAGGCUUUGAGUAUGGGUUGUCCUCCACAUGCUGGUUUAGCUUUAGGGUUUGAUAGAUUAUGUGCUAUGGUCAUUGGUAGUUCUAGCAUUAAGGACGUCAUUGCUUUUCCAAAAAAUCAAAGUGGAGUUGAUAAAGUUGUAGAUAGUCCAACUCCUGUUAGUAAAGAUACUUUGAAAGAGUAUUUUAUUGAAGUAAAUGAGGAGAAAUAA